AUGGCCGGCGGCGGUUCUUCUUCUUCUUCCACGGCGAGAGAGGAGGGGAGGGCGAGCGCGCGGCUGCGGAAGAAGCAGAAACUGCAUCAACAGGAGGAGGAAGAGAAGUGGGCGAACCCUCUGGACCCCAGGUUCAGCGACUACGACCCCAAGGAGGGCGAUUACGUCUUGACCCGCUUCCAGCACCGCACGCUCGACCUCCACAUGGAAUCACCUGUUGGUGCAAUGCACAAUACUAAUAGGAUCUUCCCAGAGGAGGGGUUCCGGAUGUGUAACUCGGCUAAUAUUGUCUCGGUCAAUAUCGCUUCCUCCGACUAUGGAUACCCGCUCAAUGUCUAUGGCACCAUCAUAGCCAGGGACAGUCUGGAUCGCAAAUGCGUCUAUUUAUUCCAGCGUGCCAAGGACGAUUGCCAGAACAUCAGCUCCAAGAAUGAACCGUUGGUUUUGACUGGCCCGAAGAGAGGACUGAUGAUAUUUGAUUCAAUAAUCUUUGAAGUUGAUCUGAAGGCCAAGGAUGUGAACGGUAGAAAGGUGAAUGACGAGAGGGUUAGCAAAGGCUUAAUGGAGAUUAAUGGCAUCUCCAGACUGUCAUUUCCACCGAAAUACAAGGUUCAAACAGAAAAGCUUGUCAGCAUGCACAGCACAUUGGAUUUGAACUACACGUUUGUAAGGAAGGCAGUGGAGGGCACCGUUGAGAUGAGGAUCCUUGAGGCGGGACCUGUUGAUUAUUUUCAUGGGAAAAUCGUCGCUCGCACCAGCAGCUUUCCAUGUGACAUUAUGCUACAUGACAGCAAACUUGCUGGGAUGCUGACAGCUGGUGAUGGUGGAGUCGUGCAAACAGCACGCCGUGUGGUCAGUGUAUCGGUUGAUGAGACGCUGCUGUUGACAGUUGCCGUCGCUGCAGGUGGUGUCCGCACUGUCGAGUUUACUCCAAAGCACGGCAGCUAUGAUGAAGAGAAGAUCACCUGCGACGACUAUAAGAUGUUGGUGAAGGUCACUUGGUCCAUUGUGCAUCGCUGAUUCCCUAUGUUCCUGGUUGACAAUCUAAAUUAGAUGCGGGGAACAGACAAAGUGUAUGUGCUUUGAAGUAGGAGGAAGAGACAAAGUGUAUGUGCGUCACUUUGAUUUUGUUUCAGCACUUGA